UCUGUCUCUUCAAUGGAGAUUCUUUACUCUCCUUUUCACUUCUUCAUCUUCAUCACCUUGCUUUCAACAGCAGCAGAGCUCAGCAGAUCUGCUGACAUGAUAACUCUGUUUCAGCCGGUGAGAGAUAACGAGACUCUAGUUUCCGCGGGAGCAAAGUUCGAGCUUGGAUUCUUCAGCGCUGGAAAUUCGUCUAACCGGUAUGUUGGGAUAUGGUUCUACAACAUCCCGGUCAAGACUGUUGUCUGGGUCGCGAAUAGGGACGAUCCAAUCAAUGGCUCGUCAGGAGUCCUGCGGAUUGGGAAAGGAGGGAAUCUGGUCAUUGUUCACGGAACAGGAAGAGCUGUUUGGUCCACGGACACAGCAAAUGUGACCUCCGGUACCGUGGCUGCGCAGCUCCUGGACUCCGGGAAUCUGGUCCUCACAGAUGAAAGCAACAACGGUUCGAGGAAUAUCCUGUGGCAGAGUUUUGACCAUCCUUUUGAUACGUUACUCGCGGGGAUGAAGCUAGGGUGGGACCUGAGGAUCGGUUUGAAUCGGUACCUCACUUCUUGGAGGGAUUCGGAUGAUCCUUCAACAGGAGACAUCACAUACAAAGUCGAACUGCAGGGACUGCCCCAGAAGUUCCUCCGCAGGAAUGCUUCGGUAAUUGAACGAAGCGGGCCAUGGGAUGGUAUCCAGUUUAGCGGACUGCCCCUGAGCCCAAAUGCAAUCAUCAACCCCGAGUUCGUGACAAUCGCUCAAGAAGUGUACUAUUCCUAUCAAGUCAUCAACGAUUCCACCAUCACGAGGGCCGUGCUCAACCACUCCGGCACGCUUCAACGCUGGCUCUGGAACAAUAAUACGCAGUGGACAGUCAUACAUGAGUUGCCAAAUGAUUCCUGCGAUGAGUAUGCAAAAUGUGGGCCUAACGCUGUGUGCAGGAUUGGUGAUGCCCCGAUAUGCAGCUGCCUGACUGGGUACACCCCGAAAUCGCCCCAGGAAUGGGCGAUGUUUGUUUGGUCCAGUGGGUGCGUUAAGAAGAAGCCCUUGAAUUGUCCUAAAGAGGAAGGUUUUGUGAAGCUGAAGGGUGUGAAGGUUCCUGAUAUGUUGAGUUACUGGGUGAACACGAGCAUGAGCCUUGACGAAUGUAGAACCAAGUGCCUGAAAAAUUGUACUUGCACUGCAUAUACCAAUGCCGACAUUGUUGGGAAGGGUAGCGGGUGUCUGCUUUGGUAUGGAGAUCUUCUCGACAUCAGAAAGCUCAUUCAAUCAAGCCGCAGUCAGAAUGUUUUCAUCAGGGUCAUGGCGUCUGACUUAGGUCACCAUAAGUGGAAAUUGCGGUUGGUGGUGCCAGUAGUCACCGCAUCACUCUAUCUGGCAAUUCUUUUGCUACUCUGUCUCUGGAGGAGGAGAACCAAAAACGCAUCUUUCAUGCUCAACUGUAAGAAUGCUAGAAUCAGGGCUUCAUCGGUAUUGUUGCAGGAAGAUCUUUUCCUAAAAGGACAGUGGAUCGAACAAUCUCGAGCUGAUAUACUGCAAAAGUCUCUCCCUUACACAAGUCAUUGGUUAUUUUUGGCAGGGAAAACUUCAGAGGUACAGGCUGGGAGUGGAGACAACUUCGAGCUGCCUACACUAGACUUGGAAGACAUUACUAGAGCGACUAAUAGCUUUUCAUCUCUCAACAAAAUCGGAGAGGGCGGUUCUGGUUCUGUCUAUAAGGGUCUAACGUCUGAUGGAAUUCAAAUAGCUGUCAAGAGGCUGUCGCAGAACUCGAGACAGGGUUUUGAUGAAUUCAAGAAUGAAGUCUUGUUAAUUACGAGACUUCAACACCGAAAUCUUGUCAAGCUGUUGGGAUGCUGCAUUAACGGAGAGGAAAAGGUGUUAGUAUAUGAAUAUAUGCCAAAUGGAAGCCUCAACUCCUUAAUAUUUGGUAAUAGAGAAGGUAAUUCUCUUGUGUGGAGGCAGCGGUUCAAUAUCAUUGUGGGUGUUGCAAGGGGACUUCUGUAUUUACAUCGCGACUCAAGAUUAAGUAUAAUUCAUCGGGAUCUAAAAGCUAGUAACGUGUUGCUGGAUGGUGAGAUGAAUCCAAAGAUAUCAGAUUUUGGCAUGGCUAGGGCUUGCAGAGGAGAUCAACUCCUGGAAAAGACUGAACGUGUAGUGGGGACUUAUGGAUACAUGUCUCCAGAGUAUGCAAUAGAUGGAAUUUUCUCGAUUAAAUCAGAUGUUUUUAGCUUUGGAAUCCUAGUUCUGGAAAUAAUUAGCGGCAGGAGGAACAGAGAAUUUCAUCAGCAUGACCACAAUUUUAACCUUCUUGGACAUGCCUGGAAAUUAUGGCUUCAAGGGAAGGCCACCGAAAUCAUAGACAAACAAAUGGAGGAUUCAUUUCCAAUGUCGGAAGUUACUAGGUGCAUCCAGAUAGGCCUCUUGUGCGUUCAGCAAAGUCCGGAACAAAGGCCGACCAUCUCAUCUGUGCUUCUGAUGUUGGAGAGCGAAAGUACCACGUUGCCACAGCCCAAGCAACCGGGAUUUUACACGGAGAGGUUCAAUGAUUAAAUAGACAGCGGAUCAAACGAGUUAACUUUUACCAUAGUCGAGCGUCGGUGAAGAUCCACGAGAAUUCAUGAACACAAAGUUAGAAACACGUAGUAGUCAAGGUAUCAGCAGUCACAUUUGUCGAUGGAAACUCUAGUACAUGGUAUUGUCGGCAUGAAAAUAUGAAAAGAAUCUCUGCCUUCUUUGACAAAGUGUACUUCCUCUUGAGAAUGCACCUGGUGUAUAUUUCUCUUUCCCUAUAUGUAAGGAACUCCGUUCAUAUUGACCAAUAAAAAAGUCUCUUUCGGUAGA